AUGAAAGUCACAUUCCUGUUGGAGCUAUUACUAAUUCUGAUCAUUAUCGCCUUCGCCGCCUCCAAACCGGUCAAUGAUGAGGGACGAAACGCACACAAGGGCACGCUCAUUUCCCGGCAGGGCACGGAUGAUCUAGCCGUGGCCGCAGCACCCCUCGACGGAGCCGUACCUGCGGCCCCCGUUGUCCCGGCCGGUGGUGACGAUGAUGAUGACGACGAUGACGAUUCGGAUGAGUUCGAUCUAGGCGAUGACGACGAGUCGGCCGAGGACGAUGACGACGAUGCGGAUGAUGACGAUGACGACGAGGAGGACAUCAUUGGAUCGGUCGAGGAUGAAAUCGACGAUGAUGAUGACGAUGAUGAUGAUGAUGAUGAUGAAGUAGCGGCCCCGGUUGCGCCGGCUGCCAUCGCCGAUCAGCAGAAACAGACGGCCAAUCAGGUCGCUCCGGCCGCCGCUGCCGCUGCUGAAGAGGACGAUGAUGAUGAUGAUGAUGAUGAUGAGGAGGACGAUGCGCUGUCUUUUUUUGGUGAUGACCUCCUAGGGGCCUUCGAUGACGACGACGAUGAUGACGACGACGACGAUGAUGAUGAUGAUGAUGAUGAGGACACUGCCGCCGCCGCUGUCGUCCAGCCGGCCGUACAGGCCGCUGCCGCUGCCGCCGCCCAACCGGCUGCUGCCGCCUCCGAACCGGUGGCCGCCCCCGCCGUCCCGGCCGUCGCCAAGAAGACCAAGAAGAAGGUGAGCCCACAGAACACGCAGGCACUGCUGGACCUGGCCGACGCGGCCGCCGCCCAGAACGAGGUGGACAGCCCGGUGAAGAAGCCGGCCGGUGAGCUGGACGUGAACAGUGAGGUGAACAAGAUCGCCGAAUCGCUGGCCGGGCAGGGUGCGGCCGAUGGUGCCACCGGUGCGACCGAGGCCGCCGUCGAGGAGGACGAGGAGGAGGAGGAGUACGACGAGGGCUCGCCAGAAAAGGUACAAAAUCAAAACACGAAUAACAAUAAAGUUGACGUUGUUGCGAACGCUCCAGCUCAGCCCGUAACCGUGACGAAACCGGAGAAGAAACCGGCGACCGGCGGCGACGACGACGACUACCUGUCCGCCCUGGUCGGCGACGAUGACGACGACGAUGACGAUGACGAUGACGACGAUAGCGAGGAAGCGCCCGUCGCUGCCGUCGCUGGAGCCGCCGCCACCACCGGCCAGAAGGAGGACCAGCAGCCGGCGAGCGGGGCCGCCGGGGCGGAGGCGGACGAGGACGCGGAGGACGAUGACGACGACGAUGACGACGAGGACGACAGCGACGAGCUGAUCGACGAGAGCGCCGUGGAGGACAUUGCCGAGUCGGACGUGUGA